GCCGCCGCGCCCACCAUGCUGCUCCUGGCCGUCCUGGCUGCCGCCGUGGCCGCCCUCCAGCCCGGGUGCCAGCCUGCUCAGGACCCUGCCGGUGAGUGCCGCAGGCCGCGGGCUGCAGACGGCGCCACCUGCGUGGACCUGCAGCUGAGGACCUGCGCCGACGCCGCCUACAACCGGACGGCCCUCCCCACCCUGCUGGAGCACCGGUCCCGGGAGGCGGUGGAGGCCAGCUCCGAGUACAUCCUGCUGAGCGUCCUGCACCACCUGCUGGAGGGCCAGUGCAACCCGAGCUGCGGCUGCUGGGCUGCGCGGUGCUGGCGCCCCCCGUGCGAGGGCGGCCGGGCGCGCAGGCCCUGCAGGCACGUGUGCGAGGCGCUGCGGGAGAGCUGCCAGCCGGCCUUCGACGCCAUCGACAUGGCCUGGCCCUACUUCCUCGACUGCCACCGCUACUUUGCGGGCGAGGACGAGGGCUGCCACGACCCCCUGCAGGCGCUGCGGGGUGCCCUGGAGGCGGAGGAAGCGCUGCCCUCGGGCCUGCCGCCCACCUUCAUCCGCUUCGCCCACCACUCCUACGCCCAGAUGGUGCGGGUGCUGCGGCGGACGGCGGCCCGCUGCGCCCACGUGGCCAAGACCUACAGCAUCGGCCGCAGCUUCGAGGGCAAGGAGCUGCUGGUCAUCGAGUUCUCCAGCCGCCCGGGCCAGCACGAGCUGAUGGAGCCCGAGGUGAAGCUCAUCGGCAAUAUCCAUGGUAACGAGGUGGCGGGCCGGGAGAUGCUCCUGUACCUGGCGCAGUACCUGUGCAACGAGUACCUGCUGGGCAACCCGCGCAUCCAGCGGCUGCUCAACACCACCCGUAUCCACCUGCUGCCCUCCAUGAACCCCGACGGCUACGAGGUGGCGGCUGCUGAGGGUGCGGGCUACAAUGGAUGGACGAGCGGAAGGCAGAACGCACAGAACCUGGACCUGAACCGCAUUCCGGACCUGACGUCCGAGUACUACCGGCUGGCGGCGACCCGCGGCUCCCGCACUGACCACAUCCCCAUCCCGCAGCACUACUGGUGGGGUAAGGUGGCGCCCGAGACGAAGGCCAUAAUGAAGUGGAUGCGCACGGCGCCCUUCGUGCUGUCCGCCAGCCUCCACGGGGGCGACCUGGUGGUGUCCUACCCCUUCGACCUGUCCAAGCACCCCCACGAGGAAAAGAUGUUUUCCCCCACGCCCGACGAGAAGAUGUUCAAGCUGCUGGCCAGAGCCUAUGCCGACGCGCACCCAAUGAUGAUGGACAGGUCGGAGAACAGGUGUGGAGGCAACUUCCUGACGCGGGGCAGCAUCAUCAACGGGGCUGACUGGUACAGCUUCACGGGAGGCAUGUCCGACUUCAACUACCUGCACAGCAACUGCUUUGAGAUCACGGUGGAGCUGGGCUGCGUGAAGUUCCCGCCCGAGGAGGCCCUGUACACGCUGUGGCAGCACAACAAGGAGUCGCUGCUGAGCUUCGUGGAGAUGGUGCACCGUGGCAUCAAGGGCGUGGUGAUGGACAAAUUUGGCAAGCCCGUCAAGAACGCCCGCAUCUCGGUCAAGGGCAUCCGACAUGACAUCACCACAGCCCCUGACGGCGACUACUGGAGGCUGCUGCCCCCAGGCUCCCACAUCGUUAUCGCCCAGGCGCCCGGCUACUCCAAGGUCAUCAAGAAGGUCACCAUCCCGCUGCGCAUGAGGAAAGCCGGCCGCGUGGACUUCAUCCUGCAGCCCCUGGGGCUGGGGUCCAAACAGGGCCUUCUUGGGGCACGGAGAGCCAGGGCCGGGCCCCGAGACCCGCUGGACGGCGCUGGCCCUUGGGGGGAGCCUACGGUGCCCGGCCUCGAGCCCCCGGGGGCGCGUAGGCAGCCGGCCGCGGGGGGCAAGCCGUGGUGGUGGUCCUACUUUGCGUCUCUGAGCUCGCACAGGCCGCGCUGGCUGCUCAAGUACUAGCGCUGCCCGGCCGUGCCCUGGGCUCCUGGCUCUUGAUGUGGUCACGUGGCCGCAGACGUGGCCACAGACGUGGCAUGCUGAUUAAAGUGUCUCCAGUCACCUUGUGCUGGCACGUGCUGGGAGGGAGGGGACGGCUGUGGCUGGCCCCAGGCAGCUGUGGCCUCGUCCCCUGGGGAGGCGACCCCAGGAUCCCACACAGGCCAUGGCGGGGUGGGGACUCGAGCCCCCUGCACCCCCGACCUCUCCCAGACCACAAGACCUUGAGCCAGUUUCACAGAUGGGAAAACUAAGGCUGAGGGAGGUGCAAGGCCACAGCGGGAGCUCAGCUCCGGGUCUCAGCUGAGAGCAGGAAGAAGCGUCAGCCUAGCAGAGGGCGGUGGGGUGGGCAGGGGCAGGGGUCUCCCUCGGACCCCCCCUCAUGCUGUGUCAUCACUGGCUGUGGUCCUGGCUCCGCCUGAGGCCGCUCGCCUUGGCUUGCGGCUGUCGCUCUGUGGCCCUCUCUGCUGCCAGACUGUCCUGUGCCCGCCUCCAAAAAGCCAAGGUCGCCUGCACUGCGGCUCCGGCGGCUUCCAGUGCCCCAGCGCCUCGGCUGAGGGAUGACAGGGUGCCCAUCAGCGGCACCGGCUCCUGGCCCGACACCAGGCCCCUGGGUUUGCAGGCGCCCUGCAUGGGGUUUUGGGGGGAGGGCUUGGCCAUCCCUGGAGCUCAGAGCCCCGCUGCCCCACCUCCCCCGCACCUGCUGGCUCCCCCGUGGAGGGGACUGCGCAGCAUUCUGGGGACAUGGGGCAGGGAAGCUGCAGGUGCCGCAAGGGACACGUGGGAGACUCACCCGGGCACGGCGCAGAGGACAAGGGCCUGCCUGGCCUUGGGGGAGUGGGCCGGGAGGCGCAGUGGCUGCUGGGGGCCCGGCUCUCACUGGAUGUGGACAGGUAAGGGAGCCGGGGAGAGCCGUGCAGGCUGGGCCGCACAGGGACGGGGGCUGGGGGUGCGGACGUCUUACUAAUGGAGAAACAGGAAAACAGCAGAUGGGGUCUCCAGGGUGCUCUGACCCGGCCCUCCUGUGUCGCACAGUGAUGGCCACCAGUGCCCAUCUGAAGUGGUGACAGGAGCAGCAGGUGCUGGGACACGCGGUCUCUAUGCAGGCACAGCCCGCAGUGCCGCCCGAGUUGUUCUGUGUGCUUCCUCUGGUUAGUGAGAACACGGUUAGCAUUACCCACGGACUCGGCACAGAGGGCCACGCAGCCGGAACCUGGGGAGCCGGGCGUCACACAGCUCCGUGCCCAGUCCCUCCUGGCAGCCCUGCAGGGGUUCCUGGGUGCAGGGGGAGGGUGUUCCCGAUGUCAGGGAUUUGGGGAACACAGCACCCUGAAACUGCUGAGCGAACAGCAGACACAGGGCGGGGGAGGGGACGGCAGGGCUGGUCCCCUGUGCUCAGGGGCAGAUGGAGGCGUGGGCGGCGACGGGAAGAGGGAGGUGCAGAGCAGGGAGACUGGAGGUGCCCGGAGCUGCCCAGGCUGGCGCCCCGGCCGGCAGCUGUGAGGUCUGGGGUCCACGGCAGGGGCACAGGGCCCCCCCAAGCCGGGGGCUCUGGCCGUGGUGUCCUGACUGCAUGGAACACAGGGCUGGUGUCCCACCUGGGAAGGGACCGGGAGGCCUGUGGGGAGGAGAGGUGGCGUGCAGGCU